AUGCUCAGUCGUUCCGUUCUACCGCUCGCAAGGGCUCGACCAGUGCCAUCAACCCUCCGUUCAUAUCCUCGAUGGUACGCGCAGAAUAAUAAGCCGCGAACACCAUACGUCCUUCCAAAUCAAAAGCCAAAGCCCGCACAACCGAAUCCUGCUCGAUCGCAGAGCAAUACAUCCACCACCAACAAUCAGUCCACGCAACCAAAGACUAAACCAACUGUUGUUGGUGCUUCUUCCGGCGCAAAAGCAACAGAAAGCGUCCCGCCUGACGCUGCGUCGAGUAAAACUGAGCCUAAGAAGCCCUUGUCUGAACCCGAUGUGGCACCCGAACAACCUGAGUUCGAUACUGCAGCUCAACCCGAGAAACCACAGAAACCUCUUCCCGAUUUGACACAGGGUAUUCCAUCGACAUUGGGUGCCGAACUUGAAGCUGCGCGCAAGGGUCGUAAGACAACUGCCCUUAACCUGACCGAGGACCCUUCUCAGCAUGAUUACGAAGAAGAAGAUGGCGGUGGUGGUCGAUCAAGCGAUGCUUACGAGUCUUCCUUGGAUCGUCGCAGAGCUCGUGUGGCUAAUGUGAUGUAUGGCAUCCUUCUUGGUGGUCUCAUAGGUGGAACUGUUUAUAUGGGUCGGAACUGGGAUUCAGAGGAGGAAGCUCAAGCACACAAAGACGCUCCAUCUGGAUGGGGUCUUGGACUCUUCUAUAACCGGAUUAAAGCCCGCUUGGAUAACCUCACAAGCUAUUAUAGAGACCCUGCCUUUGAGAAGCUGCUGCCUGACGAGGAUCCUUCAUUAAGACAGCCGUAUACCUUGGUGCUCAGCUUGGAAGACCUUCUAGUCCACAGUGAAUGGACAAGAGAACACGGUUGGCGUGUAGCCAAGCGACCUGGUGUCGACUAUUUCCUGCGCUAUCUAAACCAGUACUACGAGCUUGUUCUGUUCACCAGUGUUCCAAGUAUGAUGGCCGAUCAAGUGUUGCGGAAACUCGAUCCUUUCCGCAUCAUUAGAUGGCCUUUGUUCCGUGAGGCAACCAAGUAUAAGGAUGGAGAAUACGUUAAGGAUCUGUCUUACUUGAACCGUGACCUUUCCAAAGUCAUCCUCAUCGAUACCGUACCUGCUCACGCUCGUGAGCAACCCGAAAAUGCCAUCAUCCUGCCAAAGUGGAAAGGCGACCCCAAGGACAAAUCCCUUGUCGCCUUGAUUCCAUUCCUUGAAUACGUAGCAGGCAUGAACGUCGAAGACGUCCGUCCUGUCAUCAAAUCCUUCGAGGGAACAUACAUCCCCGCCGAAUUCGCCGUACGCGAGAAAGUGAUGCGCGAAAAAUUCCAGAAACAAAUGGAAGAAGAACAAAAGAGCCGACCGCGUCGCGGUGUGGGCAAUCUUGCCGCUCUUCUCGGAUUGAAACCACAGAGCUCUAUUGAUGGUCAAGCAGCUGGAUCUGAGGAAAAGAUGCUUUGGGAUCAGAUCCGUGAACGCGGUCAGAAGAAUUACGAGAUGAUGGAGCAAGAGAUUCGUGAGAAUGGAGAGACGUGGCUGAAGAUGAUGGCUGAAGAAGAAGAGAAGGCACGACAGGAGCAGAUGAAGAAUAUGAAGGGAAGUUUCACCAGCUUCUUUGGUGCUACCGGAGGUGAGAAGAAAUAAUUGACUUCAGUUCAUGUCUAAUCAUAUGAUUUAUGACUGUCCUGUCCUGCACAUUCCUCUCUCUCCUUCCCCUUCAUACGUACAAUUUUUCUAAUCAUGUCUUCUUACUUAUUUUGGUCAUUACCUUCGUCUGUACGUUGUUUUUGUUACUCUCUUCCUUUCCCCUUAUUCAAGUGCAUUCUUCGGGGUUUCUGUCUCAUGUCAUCUGGUUUCACCGAUCUGCAUCUAUCAUUGUUCAUGUUUCCUCAAAUGUUUAUUAGAGCAAUCCCCUCUUUUCCCUUUUGGUGUGUGAAGUCGGUUUGUGUUCGCAAAACACAAAAAAGUAUAUAUUAAUAUAGGUUAUCGAUCUUUGCAUUAGAG